UAUUAUCUUACUCAGUACUAACCCAUAGAAAUUUGAUUAAUAAAUAAGUACCUAAAGGAUUUUUUGAUACCAACUACCCCCUCUUUUUUAAUGAAAUUUUUAUGUAACUGAAUUAUAGAAGAGAGAUUUGGAGCCGGAAAUCUAUAAGGUCAAAGUCCAGCGCUUCGUGGUCGCUGGUCGCUGUUUCUCCACCGGAAAGUUCUCAAUAACACAUUAAACGUACUUGGAGGAAAAAAGCAAGUUUCAAUUUCGUAUCUCACACAAUAUGUUGCCUCUUCUGAAAAAUUGCUUUAUCGCGAAACCAGGAAUAGCAAAUUAUGAAACUCUCAUCCGUUAUUCUGGAAUUUCCAUAAACAAGGCUUAUUCCACAAAAAGCAAUAAUGCUUCUAAAAAUAUUGUAUUCAUUGAUGGUGUACGGACUCCAUUUUUACAGUCUGGCACUCAAUAUAAGAAUCUUUUGGCAUAUGACCUUGCAAGACAUUCACUGGUGAGUUUGCAAAAGAAGAUUGGAUUCCCCAAGGAGAUAGUUGAUUAUAUUGUUUAUGGCACAGUGAUGCAAGAGGUACGAACCUCCAAUAUCGGGAGAGAGGCCGCAUUAGCCGCGGGAUACAGCGAACACACUCCCGCACAUACAGUAACAAUGGCUUGCAUUAGCAGUAAUCAAGCUAUUACCACUGGUAUGGGUUUAAUCGCGUGCGGCGUUUACGACGCCGUUGUGGCAGGAGGAGUAGAAUUUAUGUCGGAUAUUCCAAUUCGACAUAGCCGUUCCAUGAGGUCUCUGAUGCUGCAAGCUAACAAAGCAAAAACCCUGCAAAACAAAUUGGCUCUCUUGGCCACUAUCAGACCAGGUCAUUUCAUGCCAGAUUUACCAGCUGUGGCAGAGUUUUCAACUGGUGAAACUAUGGGACACAGUGGGGAUCGUUUAGCAGCGGCGUUUGGUGUGUCGCGUAAGGAACAAGACGAUUACGCAUUGCGCUCUCAUACUUUAGCUGCAAGAGCGCAGCAACAGGGACUGCUGUCGGAUGUAAUGCCGUAUAAAGUACCAAACGUUGACAAAGUUGUUGAUAAAGACAAUGGUAUUCGUGUGUCCACGGAAGAACAAUUGGCAAAAUUGAAACCUGCUUUUGUUAAACCUUACGGAACGGUCACUGCCGCCAAUGCCUCGUUUUUGACCGACGGUGCAUCAGCGGCAUUAAUAAUGAGCGAGGAGAGAGCUCUCCAACUUGGCUUAAAACCUAAGGCGUACCUGCGAAACUUCACUUAUGUGUCGCAAGAUCCGGUUGAUCAAUUGCUUCUAGGGCCGUCAUACGCGAUUCCGAAGAUUCUGGACAAGGCAAAAUUAACUUUGAAAGAUAUAGGAGUGUGGGAGAUACACGAAGCAUUUGCCGGACAAAUCUGCGCUAAUUUGAAGGCGAUGGAUUCCGAUUUAUUCGCGCAAAAGUAUUUGAAGAGGAGUUCAAAAGUUGGAAUACCAGAUUUGAACAAAUGGAACGCGUGGGGAGGAUCUUUGUCGAUCGGUCAUCCGUUUGCCGCCACUGGAGUACGAUUGGCGACGCACACCGCUAAUCGACUUAUUAAAGAAGAUCAACAGUUUGGACUUAUUGCGGCUUGUGCUGCUGGCGGACAAGGAGUUGGUAUGAUCAUGGAAAGAUAUCCUGGUGCUACAGUUUAAUUCUGUUUUUCGAGGAAUACACUUGCCUCCAGAUAAAAACGGAUUGUUAACUAACAGAAGAAUAGCGAAGUAAUAUUUUUCUACUGAAGAGAAGCAUGAAAAAAAUGUAAAUUUUUUUUAAGGAGCAAUUUUCUAUUAGAUUAUGUACAGUAAUUAUUAAAUUAUAGACAUAAAAUCUUU